CAGCAACAGAGAGAAAGGAUUUUCCAGCAGCCAACAACGAGAAGGCAAGACCGGCAUCCCCCGGAGGAGCAGCAUAAUUAAGGAUGGUACGAAACAAAAGCGAGAACGGAAAAAGACUGUGUCAUUUAGCAGUAUGCCAACUGAGAAAAAGAUCAGCAGUGCAAGUGACUGUAUAAAUGCGAUGGUUGAAGGCUCUGAGCUCAAAAAGAUUCGAUCCAACUCUAGGGUGUAUCACCGAUAUUUUCUUUUAGAUGCAGAUAUGCAGUCUCUACGCUGGGAACCUUCAAAAAAGGAUUCUGAAAAAGCAAAGAUUGAUAUUAAAUCAAUCAAAGAAGUAAGAACAGGAAAAAAUACAGAUAUUUUUCGCAGCAAUGGAAUAUAUGACCAGAUAUCAGAAGACUCUGCAUUUUCAAUUAUAUAUGGAGAAAACUAUGAGUCACUAGAUCUUGUUGCUAACUCAGCAGACAUUGCAAAUAUUUGGGUUACUGGCUUAAGAUACCUGAUUUCUUACGGAAAACAUACUCUAGAUAUGAUAGAAAGUACUCAAGAUAAUAUGCGGACUUCAUGGCUUUCACAAAUGUUCAGUGAAUCAGAUGUAGAUAAUUUGGGACAUAUACCCCUGUGUAAUGCUGUACAGUUUAUAAAAGACUUAAAUCCUGGUUUAAAAACUAAUAAAAUUGAACUAAAAUUCAAGGAGUUACAUAGAUCCAAGGAAAAAACUGGUACUGAAGUAACAAAAGAAGAGUUUAUUGAAGUUUUUCAUGAGCUAUGUACCAGACCUGAAAUCUAUUUCCUGUUGGUUCAGUUUUCAAGCAAUAAAGAAUUCCUAGAUACCAAGGACCUCAUGAUGUUUUUAGAAGCAGAACAAGGUAUGGCACACGUCACAGAAGAAAUAAGCCUUGAAAUUAUUCAGAAAUAUGAGCCAGCCAAAGAGGGCCAGGAAAAGGGUUGUCUUUCUAUAGAUGGGUUUACAAAUUACCUUACUUCACCAGACUGCCACAUAUUUGAUCCAGAACAUAAAAAAGUUUGUCAAGAUAUGAAACAACCUUUGUCUCAUUACUUUAUAAAUUCAUCUCAUAAUACAUACUUGAUAGAGGAUCAGUUUCGAGGGCCUUCUGACAUCACGGGUUACAUUCGCGCUCUUAAAAUGGGUUGUCGAAGUGUUGAAUUGGAUGUAUGGGACGGUCCGGAUAAUGAGCCUGUGAUUUACACAGGGCAUACAAUGACAUCGCAGAUUGUCUUCCGUAGUGUGAUUGACAUUAUUAACAAGUAUGCAUUUUUUGCUUCAGAAUACCCUCUUAUUUUGUGUUUAGAAAAUCAUUGUUCUAUUAAGCAGCAGAAAGUUAUGGUACAACACAUGAAGAAAAUUUUGGGGGACAAACUACAUACACAGUCUCCAAACAUUGAAGAGUCUUAUCUUCCAUCACCAGAAUCACUUAAAGGGAAAAUACUAAUUAAAGCAAAGAAGCUUUCCUCUAAUUGUUCUGGACUAGAGGGAGAUGUUACAGAUGAAGAUGAAGGAGCAGAAAUGUCACAGAGAGUGGGGAAAGAGGGGGCAGAACAGCAAAACUCGAUGACGGGGAAGCGAUUUCAGCUCUGCAAAGAACUCUCAGAGUUGGUAAGCAUAUGUAAAUCAGUUCAGUUCAAAGAGUUUCAAGUUUCAUUUCAGCUCCAGAAGUACUGGGAAGUGUGCUCGUUUAAUGAAGUGCUUGCUAGCAAAUAUGCCAAUGAAAACCCAGGAGACUUUGUAAACUAUAACAAACGUUUUCUUGCCAGAGUUUUCCCCAGUCCUAUGAGGAUUGACUCUAGUAAUAUGAAUCCCCAGGACUUUUGGAAAUGUGGUUGUCAGAUAGUAGCAAUGAACUUUCAAACACCUGGCUUAAUGAUGGAUCUUAACAUUGGUUGGUUUCGACAAAAUGGAAACUGUGGCUAUGUCCUUCGUCCUGCUAUCAUGAGAGAAGAAGUAUCCUUCUUUAGCGCAAAUACGAAAGACACCGUGCCUGGAGUUUCACCUCAGCUGCUUCAUAUUAAAAUCAUUAGUGGGCAAAACUUUCCUAAACCCAAAGGAUCAGGUGCCAAAGGUGAUGUUGUGGAUCCUUACGUCUAUGUUGAAAUACAUGGAAUCCCUGCCGACUGUGCAGAGCAAAGGACGAAAACUAUGCAUCAGAAUGGGGAUAAUCCAAUUUUUGAUGAAAGCUUUGAAUUUCAAAUAAAUUUACCAGAACUAGCGAUGGUGCGUUUUGUAGUACUGGAUGAUGAUUACAUUGGGGAUGAGUUUAUCGGGCAAUACACUAUUCCCUUUGAGUGUCUACAGACUGGUUAUCGGCACGUUCCUCUGCAGUCUUUAACUGGUGAAAUUUUAGCACAUGCUUCCUUGUUUGUGCAUGUGGCCAUUACUAAUCGAAGGGGCGGUGGGAAACCUCAUAAGCGGGGCCUCUCUGUGAGGAAGGGCAAGAAAUCAAGGGAAUAUGCUUCUAUGAGAACGUUAUGGAUUAAAACAAUAGAUGAAGUCUUCAAGAAUGCUCUCCAACCUAUUCGGGAUGCCACGGAUUUGAGAGAAAAUAUGCAGAAUGCAGUAGUUUCAUUCAAAGAAUUAUGUGGCCUCUCUCCUGUAGCAAAUCUUAUGCAGUGCAUUUUGGCAGUGUCUACGCGCUUGGUUGGGCCUGAUAAUACACCCUUGGUAGUACUGAAUCUCAAUGAUCAGUAUCCGACGAUGGAGCUCCAAGGGAUUGUUCCAGAGGUCUUGAAAAAGAUUGUGACAGCAUAUGACAUGAUGAUUCAGACCAUCAGGACUCUAGUUGAAAAUACAGAUAGCUUAUAUGAGAAGAUAGUACAGUGUCAGAAAGCAGCAAUGGAGUUUCAUGAAAACCUGCACAAUAUAGGAGCAAGAGAAGGCUUAAAAGAAAGAAAACUGCAAAAAUCAGUAGAAAGUUUUACGUGGAACAUUACAAUUUUAAAGGGACAAGCUGAUCUUCUCAAAUAUGCUAAAAAUGAAGCACUGGAGAAUCUGAAACAAAUCCAUUAUGCAACCCUUUCAUGUGGACUCAAUAAGCCAGGAACUGAAAAUGCAGAAAUCUCAAAGCCCCGGCGAAGUCUGGAGGUCAUACCUGAAAAAGCAGGUGAUGAAAACGGAGAAUGAGAGGAUGCUCUUCUCGUAAUUAUGGAGUUUAUAACUCUGUGACCAAUUGUAGCUGCAUAGGACAUUUGCUUUGCACUUACUGUUGGAAAAUAUUUGGAAUUUUUAAAGCACAACUGGAGAAGCUAAUUACAACCUAUUGAAACUGUGAAUGUAUGUAGCAACUCUGCUUGUGAAGGCAAUGAUAUUAUGUAACGUGGAAAUUACAUUAUUGGCCAAAAUACAGUGUAUAUGUAAAAGAUACUGUAAUUCAGUAAUAGCGUGCUGAAAAGUUCAUUAUAGUGCCAUAGGGAAAUGAACAUUUUUUAAAUAAGCUGUAA